AUGUUCCACAAAGCAGUAAAGGAUCACUCCGGGAAAGGCUCCGUAUCCGCAAAACCGCUUUAUCCCAACAAUCACAAAUUGAAUGCGAGUACGUUUUCGACCAUCAAGCAACCUUCGGCCAUUGCCGGUGCCAAACGCAAAAUCGACAUGGCCAGCGCAGGACAAUCCGCGCUAGGAUCCCUCCAUGAUGCCGUCUACUUUGAUGAAAACGACUUUGAUGACGACGAUGACCUUGACUUUGAGAUCCUCAAGCCGGGACCUCUAAGUCAAGAUGCCGUCCCUACAUCUAGCGAGACUCCGAGUUUGCCGUCACAGUCAAGCCAUGGCGCGAAUAACCCUAUAUACAUUGCUAGAUCGAGUACCACCGGAUAUAGUCAAAACACGAGGACCCAGAACGCAUCGCAAUCCGACAUUAAAUACCCAGAGCUCCUACAGGUGGACGACAUGCCUCAAGAACAAUUGCCGCCAAGCAGUAUGCCAAUUCCGUGGUCCUCAUCUCCCCCCUCACAUCAUCAACCACCCCAGCAAAAGCGUCGCAAAUUACCGUGGGGUCAGGAGGACAGCAGUAGUGGCUACAGCAAUCCGAUAACCCCGGCACCGACGAGAAGACCAUCCUCAAAAGCCGAAAUGCCCUGGAACAAGACUGCAAGUACUGUGAAGGACGAACAAAAGGAGUUGAGGAAAAUAAAUAAGAGGUCAACCACUACCGACUACCACUUAACGAAGCCUCAAGCAAGGGUUGCCUCUCUAUUCCUGAGUGAGGAACAGAAAGCAGUUCUCGAUGCUGUUGUAGAUCGACAGAAGAGCAUAUUCUUCACCGGUUCCGCCGGAACUGGAAAAUCUGUUCUCAUGCGAGAAAUCAUCAAGAAAUUGCGGGACAAAUACAGAAAAGAACCAGAUCGUGUUGCUGUGACUGCAUCAACUGGUCUUGCUGCUUGUCAUAUUGAAGGUGUCACCUUACACAGUUUUGCUGGAAUUGGACUGGGUAAAGAGCCAGCAACGGAACUAGUGAAGAAGGUGAGAAAAAACCAGAAAGCUAGGAAUCGUUGGAUGCGGACCAAGGUUUUGAUUGUCGAUGAAGUGUCAAUGGUGGAUGGCGAUCUUUUCGACAAAUUAGAAGAAAUUGCCAGGCGUAUCCGAAACAAUGGGCGGCCCUUCGGUGGAAUUCAGCUGGUCGUCACUGGCGACUUCUUCCAGCUGCCCCCAGUACCGGAGACAUCGGCUCGAGAGGCCAAAUUUGCUUUUGACGCUGCUACCUGGAAUACUUCAAUCCAACAUACCAUCCUGUUGACCCAUGUCUUUCGACAAAAGGAUCCGGUGUUCGCAGAGAUGUUGAACCAGAUGAGACUUGGAAAGAUUACACCACAAACGACAGAGGCAUUCAAGAAAUUAUCACGGCCACUAGAUUUCCAUGAUGAUUUGGACGCUACUGAAUUGUUCCCUACACGUGCGGAAGUAGAGAAUGCCAAUGGAUUGCGAAUGAGCAGACUCUCUGGCGAGGUAAUGACGUUCCACGCUCAAGACUCUGGCUCCAUUCAGGAUGUACAGAUGCGAGAGAGAUUACUCGCCAAUUGUAUGGCGCCACCGGUCAUUCAUCUGAAGAAAGGAGCCCAGGUUAUGCUGAUUAAGAAUAUGGAGGACAAUUUGGUCAAUGGCUCCCUCGGCAAGAUUGUUGCCUUUAUGGACGAAGCCACAUUUGACUACUACCGAAAUAACGAGGAUGAGUUUACUGGUGAUAAUAAAGACGGAGACGAUGACGAUGAUGCAGCUGCCCGAAACCGCAAGAAGCUUCGGGCUUUAGCACACAAGGACGGGGGCGUAACUACGAGUCGCAGGUGGCCUUUGGUUUGUUUUACUCAGCAAGAUGGGACUGAAAGGCAUCUACUUUGUCAGCCAGAAAUCUGGAAAAUAGAAUUGCCCAACGGUGAAAUCCAGGCACAGCGGUCACAAGUGCCAUUGAUUCUGGCAUGGGCCCUUUCAAUACACAAGGCCCAGGGUCAGACUCUCCCUCGAGUUAAAGUGGAUUUAGGUCGAGUAUUUGAAAAGGGACAGGCAUAUGUUGCACUUAGUCGAGCAACAUCUCAAGCUGGACUUCAGGUUACUGGCUUUGAACCCCGCAAAGUCAUGGUGCAUCCCAAGGUCAUUGAGUUUUAUUCGAAGCUCACUGAUAUCAACUCAGUGGUCAAGCCCAACGGCAAUGCCAAGAAAGAGACGAAUAGCAGCAAAGCAGCCAAAGUAAUCGAUGAGUUCGAUGAGCUGCACAAUGAAUAUAUAACGGGUCUGCAAUAG